AUGCUGCUGGAAAGAUUGCACAAGAGAUUACACGCCGGCUCUUCUAGGCGAUCUCAAGAAAAUAAGGACAAGAAUUGCAAGCCCGAAGACGCGUUGCCCAUCCAACCAGAAGCUCAACAUCAAACUCAGGACCCUCAGCCGUUGUUAAAUUGUGAUUACGAUGACAUGAUUGCAUUUGACAGAAACUUGUCCACUCCCGUUUUCACUCCGGUAAUGACUCCUAUAAAUAAUAGCAGCUCCAAUCAGGCGAAAAGCUCGGAUGCCUCGUAUUUUCCACCUUACCUCAAUGCUAAUAGAACCAGACAGAAUAGCGCCUCUUCGCUGGCGAGUUCCGUUUCCGAUUUCGCUCAGAAUUUCAAACAACAUACCUUUUACAACAAUAACGCUCAAUUCACUUCGUUCACACCGCAGUUUGUCGGCCUUCUAUUAGAAGUUUACCAAAACACGUGCAGCGAUCCUACGAUAACUCCGUUUGAUACUACAAACCCUCCCUCAGGAAUAUUGAAUAGAGUUGCCAAAGCGGCUAUACAGCAAUCUGAGCUUCAACAAUUGGAUAUCGGAUGUGACAGAAAUAGCUGGCUUUUAACAUUGGUAAGACAGCGCUUGUUGCAAGAGGUCAGAAAAGACGGCUAUCUUUCUCGUAACACUUCUUUAACUUCUUUACCCCCACCACCCCCACCACAGUUUUCUGAAAUGCUUAGAGUUCCCUCCCCGUUUGUUAACGCAGAUAUUACCGAUCCAAUCCCCUUAUCAAACACAAACUCGAAUCCGAAUGUAAGCUCUACUACCAGCCUGACCAACACGUUGAACUGGUAUUCCUUACAAAGAUCCAACGUCUCAAUGAAGAAUAGAAAUGGCUCGUCCCAGUAUAUUUCAGAAUUACAACCACAACCUAUCUUAGCCCGCACAAAUUCUAACAAUAGUGUUAGCAACAGUAAUGCCUUUUCUUUACUCACGCCAACGCCUACAACAGAUUCCGCAUUUAAUUUUAACAUAGCUCUGCUAUCGAGACAACGUAGCAAUAUCAUAUCGUCCCCCUUAGCUAGUACUCGUUUACCUACAGCAAACGUGUCCACUGAAGAAUCCUCUAUUUUACCAAAUGAAUCAUUGAAGCUAAAAAGAGAUUUAUUGCGUCUUAAAAGGUAA